AUGGCCAUGAACUUUGUGACCUUCAAUCAGGACUACAGCCAUCUGGCCGUAGGAACCUCGAGGGGCUUCCGCAUCUUCACCACCGAACCAUUUGCAAAAUCCUUUGAAUCCCGAGAUGCCGGCAACGUUGCUAUCCUCGAGAUGCUUUUCUCUACCUCUCUUGUCGCCCUCAUCCUGUCUCCGAGGAGACUUCAGAUCAAAAACACAAAACGAGACCUGAUAAUAUGCGAACUCACGUUCCCAAAUGCCGUCCUCGCCGUGCGCUUGAACAGAAAGAGACUGGUGAUUGUCCUGGAAGAUCAGAUCUACCUCUAUGAUAUCCAGACCAUGAAACUGCUCUACACCAUCGAGACAUCCCCAAAUCCAGCAGCAAUAUGUGCCCUGUCCCCCUCGCAAGACAAUUGCUACCUGGCGUAUCCGUUGCCUCAAAAAGCCGCCACUUCAUCCUUCGCUCCACCUUCGCACGCUCCACCCAACACCACGCAUGUUCCUCCGACGACCGGGGAGGUUCUGCUGUUCGAUGCCGUCAAACUAGAGGCCGUGAACGUUGUGGAAGCUCAUCGGUCUCCGCUAUCGUGCGUGAUUUUUAACAAUGAAGGAACCCUGCUGGCUACGUCUUCGGACAAAGGCACCAUUAUCCGGGUCUUCUCAGUCCCAGAUGCACAUAAACUCUACCAAUUCAGAAGGGGCUCCAUGCCUUCCAGGAUCUACAGUAUGGCCUUCAACAUAACCUCGACCUUGCUCUGCGUGUCCUCGGCCACAGAAACUGUCCACAUUUUCAAACUUGGCCUUCAACACAGUCGGGCCACGGAAGAGGGCGAGGAACCGGCCUCGCCCAGCAAAAUGACCAAUACUCGGAGCCGGAGAUUAAGUCAAGGUAGUGACACCCUUGUAGACCAACCUGUCGACGAGGAGGACGGGGCGGAAUCACCAACCGCAAUGGCAAACCGCAAGCCAAAUGGAACAUUCAUGGGCCUCCUUCGGAGGACGUCACAACAUGUAGGAAUAAACUUGGCCUCCACGGUUGGCGGGUACCUUCCAAAAGGAGUUGCCGAGAUGUGGGAGCCGUCGAGAGAUUUUGCCUGGAUACGACUGCCCAGAUCCAGCCCGGGUACGGCACCGAAUCAAUUGCGCAGCGUAGUGGCUAUGAGCGCAAAUUCACCACAGGUAAUGGUUGUCACAAACGAAGGGAAUUUCUACGUCUUUACCAUUGACUUGGCAAAAGGGGGUGAAGGAACCUUGACGAAGCAGUACUCGGUCCUUGAUAUUAAUGACAAGAUGGGAGCAUCAGGAAUGGACUUCUGA